CACGGCGCACAGUUGCAGGCUUACAUCGAUGGCGGUGGCGAUAGACAAUACCAUCGACCUCUUCCUCGUCUGCGACACAACGGCCUCCAUGGGGACCUACGUCGCGUCCCUCAACAGCACACUGCGCCAGAUCUUUGCGCUGACCAAAGUGCUCUUCCAUGGCCGCCUCACAUUGCACAUUGUGUCGUACAAGGACUAUUGCGAUGGCAACGACGUCGUCACCUACUGCAGCCAGCGCACGCACACCAACCACGACAUGAUCACGUUUGUCUCCAAGCUGCAGGCGUCGGGCGGCGGCGACCACCCCGAGGCUGUCAAAACAGCACUCAAUCAAGUGUGUGCGAUGCGCACGGCGGGAACCGCCGUCGUUUUGCUCUACACGGAUGCGCCGCCGCACCACCGCGCGACAGCGUCUCGCUUCCAGGCCCGCGAAGCCGCCGCGAUUGCUGCCAACCGGCUCUAUCAUGGAGGCGCCGACUGGUUCGAGCUGCGAGACGCCCUUGGGGACGCGCACAUUUUUACGUUUCACAAAAAGAUCACGAGCACGGCAACGUCAGGCGUCUUUUACGCGCUCUUGGGGCCGCUCAUCGUACUGGACGAUGUGAGCACCAACAUGAUCACAGAGGCGUCGAUGGGUCUCCUAUUGCAGCUCAUGGACCAACCGUUUGCACUUAGCGCCAAGUUUGCCAUCACAGACGUCUACCACAAGCAGACGACGCACUACGGCCGUACGUUGUCGCUGCCGUCCGAGAACGACUUGCCCGACCUCUUCUCGCUCACGACGUCGACGCGGCCGUUUGCGUUUGCUUCGCUGCAGGCGCUCCAACAAGACCUCGACGCGCUGCCCGACCGCUUCCGGUGCGACGAGACGUACCAAGUCAUGGUCUACAACGUACUCAAGGUGCUCUUCACGCCGUCUCUUGUGCUCGCCGUGACGUACAACCCGAUUGUUGGCAAGCUCUGGUCGCUCGUGUGCAGUCGGCGCCUCGACCCGCGCCUCAAAGCCUUGACGACGCGGCUCUCGCAGUGCGUGCCAGGUCUUGACGGUGACGGCCGGCGUCAACUCCAGGCGUGGAUCGCUGAUGCCAGAGACGCCACCGAGCGCAUUCGAGGCGUGGUCGCGUCGGCGUCGACCGCCGGUGGCUACUACGUUUUGGACGCCGGUGUCGAUUUGAACACGAUUGACACGGAGGCGCUGCGGUCGCUUGCGCGGGCGCCGCGUCGGGGAGCGCUCCAGCAAGUCCAGACGCUGCUCACGCAGCUGCAGUGGGUUGCAAUGGUCCCGAUAGACGCCAUGGUGCUAGACGACGGUGCGCCCCUGUACCUCCCCGUCGACGUCUCGGACGCCGACCUCUUUGGGUGCCUCCCGCACCUGCUCAGUCCAGGCAUGGCCUUCUCGAGUACCGGUGCCAUGGUGCUCGCGCUUCUUUGCGCGCUCUCGGACCACCGUCUUCUCGCGCACCGGGCACGCGCGCACCUCGACGCCAAGCGCGGCCACUGGUUGCACUUGGAUCGGUUGGACAUGCACCCGGAAAUCGUCUCGCUCGACUUUAUCAAGCUCUUGCACCGUGGCCGCGCCUUCUUGACCAGCGACGAAGCGCACGUUUACGACGUCUUGCACACCAUGUACCGACUGCGGCUCGCAGCGACCAAGGCGGUCGACGUCGCCGUUGGGUUCAUUCCCGACAAGAUGACGUGGCGCCCGGACGACAUGGCCCAGUGCCAUUCGUGUGGCGUCUUUGUGAGUUUUUCGCUCAUGGUGUCGCGAACCAAGUGCGCGCUGUGCGUCACGGACGGCGUCGCCGGUGCGAUGGCGCGGCACCGGGCGGCCGCGGCACCCGUUGGUCAGUCGCGCCGCGUCCAGUGCUCACGAUGCCUCGCCUUGUACGCCGUGGUGUGUGUCGACGAUCUAUCGAUCGCGCCCAAGUGCCACUACUGCCGACAGCACACCAAACACGACAAGAUUCCGGUCACCGAGUGCACAUCCUGCCACAACCAGCUGCUCGAUCCGGCGGGUCUCUACGCCGCCAAGCAAAAGAGCAACGCGGCAUGGCACUGCGCCGUGUGUACAACGACACCGACGGCGACAACGUCGGUGGUGCCGGCGACCAUCGAGUCGCUCUUCAAAGCGAACCCGAGCCUCGCGCGCCUCGUGCAAUGGUCCAAGCCAAAGAAAGCGUCGGCGUUCGUGGACCUCGUGUUCGACCGCACGCGCAACUACUUCGCCCUCGCCACACAGUACACCAAACUCCUCUUUGGUCCGCGUCGGCAAUCGAUCGACAGUGACGACGAUGCGACGACAUCGACGCUGUGGUGCAACGGCAAAGUCAUUUUGCAGGCGUCGGCGCUGUGCACCGAUCUCGCCGCCUAUCUCGACCACGGCGAUCUCACCGAGGCGUGCCACCUCUGCUACAACGACGUACCGUUGCCCGGUCUCCAGAGCGCCUGCGGUCGGUGUCCGACGCGCGUCUGCACGCCGUGUCUCCAGACCUGGUACGGAGCGACGCAACCGGGUCACCUGCUGUCGCCGUCGCACCUCACGUGUCCGUUUUGCCGCCAAGACCCGACGCUCGACGUUCUGUUGCGCUUCAAUCGGCAAGCGUGCGCAGUGACGACAGGCCACCGACGUCCGCAGUGGCGUCCGGAUGUUUACUACGGCUGGUGCCUCGCGUGCUAUGGCGUCAAAUUCAUGGCCGACCGCGCGUGCGUCGAGGCGCCGCCGACCGAGAUUUUUGACUUUUCAUGCGCAGAUUGUGUCGCGGCCCACCGUGCGAUCGAGGUGUCGUUGGCACCGACACCAGUGGUGGAAGCGACUGCAGAGGACAUGAAGCAAUUCAAGCGAUGUCCGCGCUGCACCGUGCGCAUCGAGAAGGACGGCGGCUGCAAUCACAUGACGUGCAAUUGCGGUCAGCACUUUUGCUGGAUCUGCCUCGAAGCGUGCGAGUCGGGCACCGCCACGUACGCCCACCUGUAUGCUGCGCACCGCGGCGCCGACUGGUAGAUUUUUGUAUAGAUGAACGAGUUGCGUG